GCCUUGACUCAUGGGUGUGCAUUGUCCUGCCCGUGCAGCUGUUGUGAUGGAAGCCCACUGAAAAUCCAGCCCGUUGCAUCCCAUUCUAGCUGCCAUUCAUUCAGCUGCGAUCCCUGUCGGAUGAAAGCUCACCCUCGUCCCCAGCCGCGUGAGGAGGACGAGAGCAGGGUACAUCUGGACCGAGGGCCCGAAUCACAGCCCGGGGAAGCCUUUCUACUGAGUGCAAUGGCUUCAGGAUCAGGCCUUAGGCAAAAUGAGGCAGAGCAGAGAGGCUUGCUCUGCUUGACCCUGCUCCCGGGGCUGGAUUAAGGCCCAGCUCUUCAAUGGGCCAGUACCUGGAGACAGGCAAGCUCCUGGGCUCCUGAUUCACUAUGCACCAGCUUUUGCUGCUGGCUUCUGCCUAUCUCUCCUCCCUGCCUGCUGCCUUCACCAUUUACCAGAAGGCAACUGGGAAUCCAGCGGCUGCCCCGCGCCUGCAGUACCUGCUGGAACCGCUGCACGAGGUGGUCCACACCCAGCGCGGUGCCACGGUCACCCUGCCCUGCGUGCUGCGCUCCCUGCCCACCAGCUACAAGGUGAAGUGGAGCAAGGUGGAGCCGGCCAACUUCCUGGAGAACAUCGUCCUCAUCACCAAUGGGGCUCAGCACAAGAACUAUGGGCACCUGGGCGCCCGGGCUCGCCUGCGCCGUGGCCACCGCCUCGAUGCCUCCCUCACCAUCACCAACGUGGCGCUGGAGGACGAGGGGCGCUACCGCUGCCAGCUUGUCAAUGGCUUGGAGGACGAGAGCCUCUCCCUGAGUCUGCAGCUGGAGGGUGUCGUCUUCCCCUACCAGACGGGCAACGGGCGCUACAAGUUCAACUACUUCGAGGCCAAGCGGGCAUGUGAGGAGCAGGACUCCCGGCUGGCAACCUACCAGCAGCUGUACAAAGCUUGGACCGAAGGGCUGGACUGGUGCAAUGCAGGGUGGAUUCUCGAUGGCACAGUCCACUACCCCAUCAUCAACUCCCGUGAGCCUUGUGGGGGACGCCUCCUCCUCCCGGGCGUCCGGACCUAUGGGGCCAAGGACAAGCAGAAGGACCGGUUCGAUGCGUUCUGCUUCACCUCCGCCAUGAAAGGCCGGGUCUACUUCAUCCGUGGCCACCUCAACUUCAAGGAGGCCGGGCAAGCCUGCCGCAAUCACGGCGCCACCAUCGCCAAGGUCGGGCAGCUCUACUCAGCGUGGAAGUUCUCGCAGCUGGACCGCUGUGAUGGGGGCUGGCUGGCGGACGGCAGCGUGCGCUAUCCCAUCACCAUCCCCCGGGCCCGCUGUGGGGGCCUCCCAGACCCCGGCGUCCGGAGCUUUGGUUUCCCCAACAAGGAACAGAGGACGUAUGGGACCUACUGCUACUCGGAACUAGGUGCUGGUUUGGAGAUACCCCAAGGAAGACACUGAGGCAGCAACUGAAGCUGGCGGCGGACCAGAGCCAAAUCAGUUCCAACCAACUGAAGACUCGAGGAGCUGAAUG